AUGGUACGUCUUCACCUCUCGAUCGAGAUCCCACUUAUCACUACACUGCCAUCACUCUGCCCCUCUUGCGCAACGAUUAUCGAAGGGUUUCUUCCGGGGUUCAUUGUCACAGGCAACAAUGUCAACCUCUUCAUGUGCCAACCCCCCAACACCUUCCAAUGUGGCACUGGCCACGGCCCUGGCGAUUGCACGCAGACUUUCCCGUUUAGCGCUCCGACCAUAGUGCUUCGAGACAGCCAGGUGCCCGGAGCCGUGAAUCAAGUAAAUUACACCAAUCCGUCGCUUUCUUUCAUCGAAAAGUCAUCUGUCGCACCAGUCGCUUCUAACAAUAACAACUCUACGGUCUCAACAGUUUGCACGCAGAAGAAUGGCACCAGCGAGAGCACUAACAACAACCGGAAGAGCAAUGAGCUUGCAGUAGGGCUGGGCGUGGGACUACCGAUGCUGGCAAUGCUACUUGCGGCGUUGGGAGCGGUGUAUGUGCAGCAAAUGCGUCUUCAAGGACAGAGAAAGGAGCAAUUGAAGAUCAGAGACGAGGAAAUUGCGAAGAUGAUGGCAAGGAAGAGGCACGUAGAAAAUGCUAGUGGUACCACGGAAGAGAGAAUGACCAGACCGAUGGAAAGAGUGCCAAGAGAGCGGCCACGGUUGCGAAGUGCCGAGAGCGAACAGAGGCGUGAGGUCUAUGAAUUAGAGAGUCCGGUUCAAGCUAGGGAGAGGAGUAUGGUCUGA